AUGUGCACUCACCUUGACACUGUGUUGCCGGAUGAUCUGAAGCUUUCUCUCCAUCAAGCCUUCUGGAACCAUCGUCGCAACUGCGCGCGUUGCAGUGCACGAAACAGUCAGUCUAGUUGGGCCUACAACAACACCGAGUGUCCUCUGGAACUUCUUGUCAAGCGUCCGCAGCAGCCCAAAGCCGAGGACAGCAAGCCAGCCAAGGUCCAGACUGGCCCACCGAGACAGAGCAUCAAAAAAGAGCCUACAGACGAGGAACGUCUGGCACAGGGACUGGUGAAAGUCACCUAUGAGAUCGACGACGAUUUCGAUGCAGCAGGAGGCACCGGAGUGACCAGAACGAUCUGGAUCACGGAUUUUAGUGCGGAGGAAUAUGAUGUCAAGGAAGAAGAUGAUAGCAUCUCUGAGGAAAUGGUUAUUUCAAUCAAAAUGAAAUGA